AUCUCCCGAUCGAUUGUUAAUUCUAUGCGUUUGCUUGCCCUUGCCUUGCUUGGGGGCCCCGCUAGCUAGCGUAGCACUGUCCAACACUUUAUUCAGACGGCUUCGAUGACGAUGGAUAGUUUAGAUAGAUAGUUGAUACGCGUACCAAAGGCUAAACGCCCAAACCAUAAGCCCAACCUGGAUCUAUCUCCUCGUCUCCAUCUCUCACCGCCGUUUCAUCGAUUCAAACAUCAAGAGCUAGUUACGAUGGCGUCGUGAACGACGGAAUAGCCAACCAUAGUAUCCGUCGAAGGAACAUGUCACGAGAACGUCGCGGCGGCGUGAAACAAUGUCGUCGUCGCCCUCAUCGUCUUUGCCUCAACCAAGGGUCUUCCUGGCGCAGCUCUUCAAUGCUCUUCCUGUGCUCCCACUCCCGCACCAACAGCAUCAGUCUACCGUCCUAGGCACAGGCACAAGCGCCGACAUCACAGCGAACACGCCGACGACCAACAGCGGCAACAUCCUCCACUCCGCCACCGAAGAAGACAAGAAACAGUUUCUCACCCUGCACGUCCUGUUCCCCAACGAGUUCCUGCCAGCCCUCGACCUGCUCGACCGGCGGCUCGUCACCCGCCAUCGGAUAUGUCGUCCCCAGGGCGAAGCUGCUGCUACCGCUCCUCAUCCUAGCAACAACGACGAUGAUGAGGCGCAGACGGGAACGCGGGCGCGUAAUCGUCCCUCUUCGUUAACGGCACCCGCCGCUCAGGACGACAGAGAUGAGCCCUAUGUGGAUGCGGAAAUGGGAGGUACGCGCGCUGUCGUGCAGGGCGUAAUGGAUGAAUCCGUCCAGAGCUCUACUGCUGCUCCGACCACUACUACUACCAACGUCGAUGAAAUCCUUACCAAACCCCGCGCCUCCGCCCCUGAAGAAGAACAAGUACGAGGAGUACGAGGAGAGGGAGGAAGAGAAAACGACACAGUAUACUACGUCCGGUCCGCGCAACCCCAAAAGCCCUCUCGAUCCUUCGACCCAACGCCCACAACGACGUACGAAGUGCGUCUCCAGGCGUGGAACUGCUCCUGUCCCGCCUUCGCAUUCGCUGCGUUUCCGCCUGUGCAUCCUGAGCCGGCUGUUAUGUCGUUUGACGACAAUAAUGACGAGGGUGUUGAUGGGGAGGAUGCGGGAGCUGGAUGGAGUUUCGGGGGAAUGAGUCUCGGGGACGGGAUGCCGCCUGUUUGUAAGCAUCUGCUUGCGUGCAUGUUGGCGGAGAGGUGUCCUUCUUUUGGGGCAUUCGUGGAGACGAGGGAGGUCAGUGUGAAGGAGGCGGCGGGGUGGGCUGCUGGUUGGGGGGACUGAUAGAUUAACUGCUUGAGAGGUGUUCUAAGCAGAGCAGAGUAGAGCGGUCGUCUGUGUAUCCAUAUAUGGAAAGAAAGGGGGGGGCUCUGGAUUUGGCGUUUGAUACCCCGGAUUCAUGGAGAUACAUUCAUCGUUUAUUUGAACAUCAUUCACA